GAAAGAAGUGGAAAAAGUUAUUUCGGUGACGUUUUACGUCGAACAGAACGAGCAAGAAGUUUCUUGAGACCACCACGUACAAGAAAAGAACGUUGAGAAUUCUGAUCGUGCAAAGAUUGUACUUACCUGUCAAGCAUUCGGUGACUACAUCAGACGUAUUGCAUCGUACAAAGCUUGCGCUUUUUUUUUCCUACGUGGACAGCUAAGCAUUCAAAGAAAUCAAUGAGCUGAAGCAAUCGUGAGAGCGGACAAAGGAAAAGCAGGCACAGUAGUUUCAUCCAUCCGAUCGAUCCUAACCAGGUCCCGACCCCAAGUCGAUUAACGACGAGUCGGUCGCAGUGAAAUACUUAUUGAGGUCUUCCCGUUUCAACAACACCCUCUCAAGAAUUUUGUAGUUUCUUACAAGCAGUCUGACAACUACAAUCUACUUUCAUCAAGACCCCUCCUGGUUGUUCCGAAGCCAUGACGACUCAAAAGUCAAUUUUCCACCCCGUGUUGCAGGUGGAGAUUCCGGACAUGGACAGCGGGUUCGCCAGAUGCUGCCACAUGAUCGAACCGGUUGAAAUCUAUGACAAGGUAUCACGUUGCAUUUUUAAAAAUACCGGCAAAUAAUGUUGACAAAAUAUUCGGGGAGGAUGCAACCGCGAACGGUGUGCAUAGAGUGUGAUAAGUAAAAGCUGUAAUGCAAUUUCAUCUACUUCUUCAAAAUCAAAACCGCGACAGGUGCUCGGCAUGCUGAAGCACGUAAUUAACGCCAACAAGCAAUCCGGAGGAAAGGCCCGCAAGGUUCCGCUAGAAGACGAGGGCAUGAAGGUAAGUAUACGACUUUUUCACUGUGUCAAAGCCCCAGCAACGCUGUCCCUGUCGGAACACAAAUGAUGCGUCAUGCUCUUUUUCUUAGGCACCAUGCUGCAUCUGGCAAUGAGAAUUGACAACUCCUACUUGUCCUAUUACUCAUUGAAAGCAAGUAGCAUGACUGGGAAAUGAUCUACGGUAUUCAAAAAUACAAAACACGAUCAACAGCCCACGAUCACCUCCGUGGUGACUUCGAUCGAAGCUCUGAUGAAUCUCGGGUUCGUGUUUGACAAGGAGGAGACCACCCUGGUGCUGCCCGAGGGCAAGUCGAUCGACGCCGACGCUUGCAUGGCUGAGCUCGAGACGGCGUAUAACUGGUAUCAGCAGGUGUACGGCCCGCCGUCCGGCGAUCCCCGCAACCCGGAAAAGGUAAAGAACCUCGUCGAUAAGAACGUACAGUUCCUGAAGCGGGCCCAGGCUUAUCACAACAAAAUGGCGGACUACUAAAGGGACCAAGGGGAAGUAAGAAGCAAGAGGUAGUACUUUGAGGACGGACGAGUUGGUGAGUGGACGACGGCUACCUUUUUGCACAACUACUUUUAGCUAGACAUCUAUCUCUCGGUAAGUUGUGCAUGUGCUGUGGUCCAGCACCAUGAAUUUUUUAUGCGCGCGCAAUAAUUUUUUACUUUUGUUGUAAAAUCGCUUUUCCGUUACUGUAUCAGCUGUACGUCGAAACGUCAAGUUCAAGGUCUAUGUCAAACCUGACGUUUCUAUGUUUUACGUUUCGCCUCCCACGUUUUUCAACAUAAAAUCUCUGUUUUGCGGUUUCAAAUUCAGUUAAUACAGUUCACAUUUCUACUCGGUGCGGACGAGUUCCAAGGAGCGUUUGGGAGAUGCGUGAUGCUUACUAGAAAGAGUUGGUGGGAACGAAGCCCUCACCAAUUUUAUUUAGGCACUGCUUCUGUACAUCUGAUCCCCCAUUAGGAGUGACUUCGUAGUCCUGGAAGGACCGUGGACCUUGAAUGAACAUGAGCAACCAAAAAUCAGGAGAUGGAAGAACGCGCAUUGAUGUGUUGUGUGUCACUGAAGACAGCAGAACCACG